UCCUGUGUCUCAACUCUGGUUACAUCUCUAUCCCCUAUUUCCACUUUUCUCUUACCGGUAGCUCCCACAUCCGGAGCCUCAUCCAGCAAUUGGAGAUUGUCUCUGAUAAUUGCAUCUGCUUCUGCCAUUGGUACUUUUGCCUUAAUUUCUUGUACUAGAGUGACAAUUUUUUCUUGCCAAUCUCUGACAACCACUACUGUAGCUGCCGUGCCUGUUUCCUUUUGGAAAGCUCACCUUCAACCACUCCUUGGGCAGAGACCUCCAAUUUCCAUGGCUGGUAGGAAGAAAACCUUGGCUGACCUGAUGAGCCUCAUCCAAGGGGAUGACGAGGGUGGUGACAAUUCCUCGGCGACUCCUUUGGUGAGUCAGGACCAGGGGGAUGUCGGGAAAAGUAGUGGUCGUGUUGAUGGGGCUGUCCAAGGUCAGCCAGAGAGGGUUGAGGUGCCUCCUGAGAACAUCUCGGGAAACCCGAGUGUGGAGGCGGAAGUUUCCUUUGAUGAGGAGGAUCUAGGGUUUGGUGAGGACUUGAAGGUCGUCAGCAACCCUAAGAAAAGGAAACGUGAUUCCGGGAAGACACUUUCGGUUAUGGAGAAAAACUUCGAUGCUGGGGGCUUUAUUGAAUCCCCGUUACUUCUUGGCACUGACGAGUUUUUUCGUGAUGCCGAUCUUUCUGGGCAGGCGAGGUGGAUCUAUCGUAGCCUUCUUCGAGCAACAACUAUUGCCAAGAAGGUGGAGCCUGUCUUGGGGAAUUAUCAUGCUAUGGAAGCGAAGUUUCGGGACUCCCAAAAAGACCUGACAGAUUCGAGAUAUCGGGAGGAGUCUCUGAAGACGAAGUUGUUUGAGCAGGACAAGAAGGCUGAGGAGGAUGCCAAGGAGAUCAACAGGCUGGUGGAUCGGGAUCUUGCCUUGAUGAAGGAUUUGAAUGCCUCUCUUUGUGAGGCUGCUGCAGCUAAGAAAAAGGUUGAGGAAUUAGAGGAAAAGCUGAAGUUGGCGGAGGGCUCGGUCAAGGCUACUCGUCAAGAGAUGGCUGUCUUGAAAAAGAAGAAUAAAGAGCUUGCCAAGGGGGCCCAGGAAGCCGUAAAGCUGACUGAGGAAGGAAUUAAGCUUCAGGUCGCUGUGCUGGCUCCCGACCUCGAUCUUUCUCAAGUGGGUGCUCUUAAGACAGCUGAGGACUGGAAGAUUGUUGAUAUCUUGAAGCCCUGAAGUGGACGUCUCUCUUUGUCUUUUGUUCUUCCUGCCUUUUACUUUGUGAUUUUUGCCUUUUGUUUAUGGGCCUGUUUAGGCGCCUUCGUCUGUAAUGAACACUUUAACCUUUUAUUUCAAUGUUAUUUUCAUUAGUGGUUGUUCACCUGUUCGGGCUGUCGCAGCUUUACUUUAUUUUAUUGCUUUCGUUUAUUCGGGCCGUCGUGGCAUUUUUUGUUUACCGCUUUUAUGGUAUUUACCGCUCUUUGUUACUUGCUGCUUGUUUUAAGCUUAGGUCCCUUUGGUUCUCGGGGUGAUCAGUCCUGAGUUUCCGUUAGAUCGACUGUUCGUCGUUUGCGCCAUUAUGUCAUUUUGUCGUAAAUCUUGCAAAGAACAAAAUUUAUUAUAUAUAUGCAUAUGUGAAACUUUAAAACAGAUGGGUAAUGCGAUAUAUAAAUAAAGGAAUAAAAUUAAAGGAACUAAAACGAACGUGGCUGUGUUGCCAGGCCGUCAGGUCACUUCCCCCUAUGAGUAGAACCUUUUUAGGUUUGCCAUGUUCCAUGUCCUCGACACCUCGUUUCCAUCCAAUUUUUCUAGCUUGUAUGCGCCUUUGCCGAGGACUUCUUUUACCCUAUAAGGUCCUUCCUAAUUUGCAGCCAACUUGCCUUCUCCUGGGGUUGGUGGUCCUAUGUCGUUACGUCGUAAGACUAGGUCGCCUUCCCCGAGGCAUCUCUUCAGCACUUUACCGUUGUAUCUUAGGGCUAUUCUUUGUUUGAUUGCUAUUUCUGUUAAGUGUGCCAUUUGUCUUGUUUCGUUAAUCAAGUCUUUCUCGACUGCCUCGUUCCCUGCCCCAAGGAGUAAUCUUAGGCUCGGUUCCCCUAUCUCAACUGGGAUGACUGCGUCGAUCCCGUAUGUGAGUUAGAAUGGCGUCUCACUGGUAGAUGACUGGGGGGAGGUUCUGUAGGACCAUAAGACUGAGGCUAGCUCGUCUGCCCAUGAGCCCUUCUUGUGUUUAAGUCAUUUCUUUAGCCCCUUUAAGAUGACUUUGUUGGCCGCUUCCACCUGUCCAUUGCUUUGAGGGUGUUCAAAUGAGGAGAACUUUUGCUUUAUUCCUAAUCCUUCGAGAAAUUCCUUGAAUUUGUUAUCAGUGAAUUGUGUCCCAUUAUCCGAUAUGACGGAUUCUGGGAUUCCGAAUCUUGUGACUACUUGCCUCCACAUGAAUUUCUGGCAAUUUGCUGAAGAUAUGCUGGCUAGUGAUGAGCGGAUAUUUUGUACGCUUUUUGGGGGUAAUUUCAUGUAGAUUUUAGCAUGUUUCAGUUAGUUUUUAGUAAAAUAAUAUUAGUUUUUAGGUGAAAAUCAUAUUUCUGGACUUUACUAUGAGUUUGUGUGUUUUUCUGUGA